GCGAAAACGCCGCAUCGGCGGCGCGAGUAGUAGCAGAUACGACCACCGCAACGCGCUGCGAAGGCUCUCUCUGUGCGGCAUAGCCGGGGACGGCCGACGCAUGCGAGUCAAGACGGGAGCACGGCGACGACCUCCGGGCGAGCGGCAACAGCUCGAGAUGGCGGACGAGGCAGCCGCGGCGAGCUCGUUGCAAGCGGCGGCGGCGCUGGCCUCCCUCCACCUCCCGCAGCCAGGACCGACAGCAACUGACCGCCGAGAUAGGAGAUAUUUCGGGAGAGGGGCACGUAUAAAGCGUAAGGCGAAGCGGAAGUGGGGCUUCGAUGCGGGCGGAGCGGGCAGUUCCGCCGGGCUGCCCUCCAGGCAUCUUGGUCGCCGCAGGUUGACCAGGGGGGGAGUUGGAUCUAUGAACGAAGUACUAAAAACUGAAGUGGGCAUCAGGAGCCGUUUCAGUGCAUUGCGGAUUCGGCAGAUUAUGCGGGGUCUAACACCCAAGCAGCAGGGAUAUGUUGCCAAGUAUGGAUUUGAGCAUUUCAAUCGUAUUGGGGAGUUCUCUGUCCACGAGCCACUGACUGAGUGGAUCAUGGGGAAAAUUAACCCUCCGUUCUCUGAGUUCAGAAUUGACGCGGAAAGGACAAUAGUAUUCAGCAAGUCCCUUGUUCAGAAAGUUUUGGGCGUACCGUCAGGGGGAAGACCCGUUGUGCUGCAUGGGCACAAGACGGACAAAAUCAAUGAACUACGAGCUCUGUACUUAAAUGAUGGACUAAGGGCAAGCAUCCCCCAGGCUGUUAGCUUGCUUAAGAACAACGAGGACGAGGAAUCCUUUAUGAGGACAUUCUUUCUUAUUGCACUUGCUGCAGUGCUCACCCCCACCACUGGAAAUACAAUAGACCUUGACUACCUGUGGCCCCUUGAAGAUAUGUCAAAGGUUCAGGACCUCGAUUGGGCUGGCCAUAUCACGGAGCAUCUGAUGGAUGAGGUCCAGAAAUUCCAGUACAAGGCCAGGGAGGAAAAAAUGAAAAACUUCUGGGUUGGCGGGUGCUUGCCUUUGCUCAUGAUUGCUUACAUGGAUCACUUGGAUCUCCCUAGAGGGCGAAUCGUAGACCGUGUAAUUAACUACUCGGUGCCCAGGAUCUGCCAUGUUUCUAAGCAUGAUUUCCAGUUUGCCGCGAUUGCUGACCUGCAUCGUCAACAUUACAAGUUUGCCACAUUUGGGAUACUUCCUUUCCGUGAUAGAACACCAUACACUGAUAAUCCAAUAACCGGGACAGAAGUACCGGAAGAUGAUCUUCAUAUUCCCUCAAAUUCAAAGGAUCAAGUCUUACCAGGGCAAUGGGAGCUUAUAGAAGUACAUGAGAAAAUGAUAGAUGAACUUGAUCAGGAAAUACAACCUGAAAUCCUUGGGUUUGCAAAACCGAGCAUCAAUCAUUCCUCUUUUGGAAGGACCAAUGGUUGCCCGGAUCAAGGAACUACAAAAUCCGCUAGCUGCAAAAUGGGCAGUUCUAGCAAUUGUCGGAAUACUGCAAAGGCAGCUUUGACACCCUCUUCAUCUGAGAAAUCAGAAGAAGACAGUGCUCAAGAAUACGAAUCUUCUGAGUCAGCUGAUCAUCCGACACCUCCAGAAGCUGAUUAUGGGGUAAUAUUCAGGAAUUGCCUAUCUGGAGCACAAAUGGACAAAGUAAACAGGCUUAUCCAGGAAGUUAAACCAAAAACUAUUUUGUUCGUAGCUAUCAUGAGGAAGUGCGAUGUUCAACUACCUAGUCCUCUUAUGAUGAUUUCAAAGGAACACACCUUAGCCGCAGCUGCGCACUUUCCGCAUGAGAAUGGGACUGUCACACUUCAGAUGCUGGGCAAGAGCGAAAACUGGCGCCCGAGAUUCUUCAUCGAAAAAGACAUGUGCAUGCUUGCGGGUAACUGGUUAGACUUUGUGUGUGACAACCAAGUGCAGGCGGGUGACAUCUGCAUCUUUGUACCGGCAAAGGGUGGGGAAAGGUCCACGUUCAUGGUCCAUAUAAUCCGCGCAGAAGCUGCCCGUCCUAGGGGUGUUAAAAGGGCUCGCUCUAGCCAUGAUUCUCCGGUUGAUAAGGAAGGAAUGGCUAACACAGAUGUCGUUUAGGAAUUGCAAACACAGAUGCUUGGUAAAGGUUCAAACAAGUUUUCGUGCACAACAAUGGUCUAUGUUCCACUGCCGGAUAUGUGCCUGUUCUAAUUGAAAAAAAGGAGUUUACCUAGCAGUCAUUGUUUCUUGAGGCAAGUCCUCGUUGGUAGGAAAACAGAAUGGUGAGAGCUAGCCUCCUGCAAGCUCUUCCUGUUUUGUGGGCUCUGUCAUCUUUCGUACUCUGAAAUCAGGCUAUGCUGAACUUCUUAUCCACUAUAUAUAACUGCGAGAUAUGU